CCUCCCCAAGGCUCCAAUUCCCUUUUCCCCCUUCUCCUCUUCUCCCUUGCUUAGCUCUAUCGAGAUUCUGCUGCUCUGUUCUGCAGCCUUCUUUCCCUGUUGCUCUGGUGCCUUUCUAUUCUAAGGGUCCUCUGGCUUUGCCUGGAUUUGUGCUCCAGCAAUCCACAGGGGAAACGCUGUCCAAUUUCCUCUCAGGAACUACUGUUUCUGUCGCAAAAUCCAAGAAACCAUCAUCAAAAUCUGACCUUCGCUUGAUCCUUGGUGAAAAAAUCCCUCCUUGCAGCUUGAACAAGGGAGGCGUAGUGUUUUCUCUUUGUUCGAAGAUCCGAACUUCUCUGAGCUAAAAAUUCUUCUUUUGUUUGUGCUCAUGCAUCGUCUUUUUCUUUUGACGUUUCUGAUUGAUGUCGCCUAUCCUAAGUGAAAUCCUUCUCUCUGGGUUUAUGAUCAAUUCCACUCUCCGGCGCAGAUCCCAUCUCGUUCAAUCCUUCUCCGUGGUCUUCCUUUACUGGUUCUAUGUGUUCUCAUGAACUUGUGAGAUCUAAGAGCCUCAGAAACUACAUAUAUAUCAGCUAAAAUUCCACCCAAGAUAUUGUCUUUCCUAAAGAUCACUAGCUUCGGAACUUCUAACACCACUAAGAACACUUGGCUUGUUGUUCUUGUACUGCAAAAGACACAAAUCUUCCAUGGCCUCUCCCGAUGGGACAUCUUCUGGAUCCAGUCAUCCGCUAAAUUCUGGUUCAGGAGAGGAUCUACAGGCCAUAAUGCACCAGAAGAAGCUGAAGAGGAUGAUAUCGAACCGCGAAUCCGCGAGGCGGUCGCGGAUGCGCAAGCAGCAGCAUGUGGAUGAGCUGAUGGCGCAGGCGAACCAGCUGAGGAAGGAGAAUAGGCAGCUGCUGACGAACUUGAGCCUCACCAAGCAGCAUUAUGCUGCGGUGGAGUAUGAGAACUCGGUGUUGUGGGCUCAGGUGAUGGAGCUCAGCAGCAGGCUGCAGUCUCUUGAUGAGAUCCUUGACUACCUCAACGUGAGCAACAUGAGUGUCGCUGACACCUCCCCCAGUGGUGCAUGGAACUGCAGCUACAUGAACAAGCCCAUCAUGGCCUCAGCUGACAGCAUGUUCUACUACUGACCGAUGAGAAAAGAGAUUGUUGCUUGUGGUGUUUGUUUAUGGUCAUGACUUUUGCCUUUGUGCCUGCUAUUUGUUUUAUGUUUGGGGUGGAAGACGAUGAAGACAUCAUCUUUCAGUGCUCUGUAUUAUGUGAAAUCUAUUGUUAUUUCUGCAAA